CAGGACCAGGACCAGAGCCAGAGCAGACCUAUGAUAUACAGUCUGAGGCAGACCCAUAUUCGUCGCGCUGUGUAUUCUGGGAACACACAGUAGUUUCAAGAUGGCGGCGAGCAGGAGGCUGGCCAAGGAACUUGACGAGAUUCGCAAGUCUGGAAUGAAAAACUUCAGAAACAUUCAAGUUGAGGAAUCAAACCUGUUGUCAUGGCAAGGGCUCAUUGUUCCUGACAACCCUCCUUAUGACAAAGGUGCGUUCAGGAUCGAAAUCAUUUUCCCCACCGAGUACCCUUUCAAGCCUCCCAAGAUCACAUUCAAGACAAAGAUCUAUCACCCCAACAUUGAUGAGAAAGGCCAGGUGUGCUUGCCUGUGAUCAGCGCAGAGAACUGGAAGCCUGCCACCAAAACUGACCAAGUAAUUCAGUCCCUCAUUGCGCUGGUGAACGACCCCCAGCCGGAGCAUCCCCUGAGGGCAGACCUAGCAGAAGAAUACUCAAAGGACCGUAAAAAAUUCUUGAAGAACGCUGAAGAGUUUACAAAGAAACACGGCGAAAAGCGGCCAAUGGACUGAUCACCUGACGAACGUGUAGCCCUCUCUCUGUCUCUUUCUCCCCCUCUCUUCCUGUCUCACCUGCCCGACCAAAUACCGAUCUUCCUCUCGCCUCCCUGCUCUCCCCCCACAGCCCUCACCACCUUUCUUGCUCACUCUGCUCCUCCCUCCUCCCCCUCACCAGCCCUCCCUGCAGCCCAGGAGCCGCCCAGCUGAAGCCAGGCAGCGGCAGCCUCAGCCUCCUUCCCCAUCCAGGACUCUCUGUGGAUCAGACAGCUUCCUCCCCCUCCUCUUCCUUCUUCUCCUGCUCCUCCUCCUCAGCCAUAGAUCUCCAGACCAUUUCUAACUUUCUACUCUUUUCUUAAUGUGAAAAAUGGAAAAAGAAAUGCUAAGGGAACAUGAUGUUCAGAUGAAGAGUUAGAUGGAAAUACUCAGUAAUGUGUUCUCUUUCUGUUGGCUUUUCCUCUAUAUAAACAACUCUUGUGUAAAAUAGAUCUCACUUAGACAUGAUUUUUCCAAAGUAUUUUAUUUUUUGCGGAGCAGAAAAACUGGUUGUUUCCCUUUGCCCCAUCAUCAGUAAUUUUUUUAAGCUAAGACACAAACGUGACAGACAGAGGAGAAGCUGUAGCUAAGACCUGGAGGUGCUGACUGGACUGUUCCUUACUCACCGCCACUGCUUCUAGACUUGCACUGUACUCUGGGACAGUCCCUCUCACAUCUGUUUGCAACCCACUGAGCAGAAAGCAACGAUGGCAGGCCAUACAUGCAUUGAAUUGUUAUUGCUGAAAAUGCUACAGAAGAUUCUUGUGUUAAAGUAAAAACAAUUGGUGUCCAAACACUCCAACCGUGCAGUUAGCAUCAGCAGGCCCUUAAAGACUAACAGCACUAUCCCCACAUUUUCUCAGAUGUCCUUUGAUGGGUUUUUGCAGCGCAGAUCAGUUGCACUCUCAGACCAUGCUGGUAAGACAGUUUUCUGCAUCACAAAUGGCUUUUGUGAUAUUCUUUUCCUUAUUCAUAAUCACUUGCUUUCUCCACUUUACAUUGUUUUGAUUGGCACUUGAUAUAUAAAAUCUUUUGGUUCAUUUGAAUCUUCACACACGUCUCCUUGGGCACCCAGUAAAACCACCUAUCAUACUAGAAACAGAGCCCUUUACCACACUGAGAUAUUCCAGCGGCAGAUCGACUGCCAGCUGCCCAGCUGACAGGGGCCUAACUCAUCGGGGGCUGGAGAACGAUGCACUCAGCGGGAACGAAGCUCAGCUCCUGGAGACGGUCCCAGAAACAAGCACCUUGGAGGCAGCUGGGAGAGGGCUGGCUGUCCGGGGAUGUGUCAGGACAUGGAAAGGGACUGCCGUGGCCAAAAAACCACCAUGUAACAACUGUUUGAUCUGGUCCCAAUAUUGUUUCAUAAUAAAGAUGGCUAGCCAUUUGGCCUCACUGUC